AUGACUAGUCAAAGGACAAUUCUACGAAUGAACGAACAAAUUGACAGACAGUGUCCAAUUUGUCAAUGUGAUAUGCUUUUGCCAGUUCCAAUUCCGGCAUGCAAUCACACAUUUUGUUAUCCAUGUUUGAAAGGUAAUAUUUUUUAAAUUUCCAGUUUCAAAAUCACAGGUUCUCAUUAUUUUUUAGGUGUUUCAAUGCAGAAUAUGGAUUGCCCAAUAUGCCGCGGACCAAUUGAUCAUGAUAGUAUUGUUCGAUACAAGCAACCAAACAUAGAUUUGAAAAUGCCAUGUCCAUUGGAUUCACCACAACCAAUCAGAACAAGACCAAAUAAUGGCGAUGGUUCGUUUUUCUCUCAAAAAAUGUGGUAUAUUUACUUUUUGCAGCGAAUCAAGUUGUUGUAAAAGAUGAACCAAUUGACGAAGAUGUGAAACCAGAUAUUAAUGCUCUUAGAGCUGGCACAAGUAAUAAUGCUGCUGUUGCUCAAAAUGUAGCACCACCACCAGCUCAAAACUACUGGCUUUAUCAAGGAAGAAGUCGCGGAUGGUGGAGAUUCGAUCCAAGAACUGAAAAAGACAUUGAAGAGGCUAGUUCGAACAACAUGCCAAUAACCGAGGUUCGAAUAUUUUUAUUAUCAAGAUUUCAAAAAAUUAAAAUAUUUAUAGGUUGUUAUCUGCGGCUCAAGAUACAUUAUUGAUUUCUCAAACUCUAUUCAAUAUCCAAAAGAUAAAGGAAUCAAUAUGAAAAGAAAUAUCAGGUAAAUAAUAGUUUCUAUUGAAUUACAUCAAAAAUAAAUUUAUUUCUAACUCAGACGUGUCACUUCUGCCGAAUUCGAUUCACUCCAUGUCAAAGGAAUCGCCGGUGUAUCAAAAUAA